AGUCCAGUUCCUCAAUAUUCAUACAAAACUAUCGAAAACUAACAUAAAAUUUGGGGAUAUGAACAAAAGGAAGCCCAAGAAAGCGUCGUUCAGGGAGAGGUUCAAGCCAUGUCACCUAGACUAUUCCGAGGAGCGCAAGUGGGAACAGGGCUAUUUGAAGGCCAGAUGUAAGGAACUGAAUUUGGAGGAAGAGUACAAGAAGUACCAGAUCCGUCUGAUGAUCAGUUACCUCAAAGUUUUCUAUCCCUUGUACAUUCUAGUGGUCGUUCUCCUUCAAGUGGUAAAAUGGUCUUGUGCCGAGUAUACCAAAUUUACAUACAUCGAUUUGAUUUGUGAAGGUUCAUCAUUGGUUUUAGUUACCGGCCUAAUGGGUAUAAAUUUCUUCGAGAGCUUUGUGAUUCGUCACAGGUGGGUCAUGGUUUUAACCUCGGUUUUGGCCGCCUUCGUUGUGUUAUUUUCCGAUUUAGCGCUGAUCACCUAUCAUUGUUGCAAGACGCACUGGCCACUCAAUACCACAUAUGACGUAUUUCUGCUAUGCAUGAUCUACAUGUUCCUGCCGAUCCCCUCGAUCGCCGGAGCAGCCGUACUGGCCACCUCGAUCAGUCUCUUGUACAUAAACUACUUUGUUUGGUUUCCAUCGAGCGACCUAGAUAACAUAGCACGCAACAUUCAUGGUACUUAUAUAAUAUCCGUCGACGUGUUCCACUACCUGGGCUUCAACAUGAUGGGCAUAUUCUUCCGCAUCAUGAACGACAUUAUGGUGCGCGCCUCCUUCCUGGACCGCCACCAAUUCAUCAAGGAGGAGAUGUGGUUGCGCAACGCCAUGCGACAGGAAUCAAUGCUUCUGGACAGCAUCCUGCCGCCUCAGAUCGCGAAGCCCAUUCAUGCCAUCAUCAAGAGCAAGAUAUCGCAGUCCGAGAACGGCCCCGAACGAUUCCACCUGGGUAGUACCCGGAGUAGGGAGAACUUCAUGGCCAUCCAGAUUCAUCCGGAUGUGUCCAUCCUGUACGCAGAUGUGGUUAACUACACCCACUUGACAACGACGCUGACGGUGCAGGACCUGGUGAAGGUCCUGCACGACCUCUACGGCAGAUUCGACAUGGCUGCCUCCACCUUCAAUGUGCAGCGCAUCAAGUUCCUGGGCGACUGCUACUACUGUGUGUCCGGAUUGACUGAGGCCGAUCCCGAUCACGCCAAGAUGGCCGUGUCUCUGGGCAUUUCCAUGAUUGCCAACCUCCAGGAAGUACGGGCUGAACGCUCCUUGGAUAUCGACAUGCGCAUAGGAGUCCAUUCUGGCAGCCUGUUUGCUGGUGUCAUUGGAGAGGCCAAGCUGCAGUUUGACAUAUGGGGUCCUGACGUGGAGAUCGCUAAUCGUCUGGAGCAAACCGGCAAACCUGGCUAUGUGCACGUCAGUGGACGUACUCUAAGUAGCUUAAAUGCCGCCGACUACACCAUACUUCCUGGCACAGAAAAGGCCCGCAGGGAUCCCGUGCUGCAGAAGCAUCCGAUGAGCACCUACCUUCUCACCGGUGAAGUAAACAGGGAUUCAGUAAGGUCUGUAGAUUUGGGUUCCUCCUUUUCUGAGCUCGAAAUUAGAACUUUGGGACCCACUCGGAAGACACAGCUUCUCAGUCCGGAUGCAAUGUCCAAUGAGUUGCGUGAGGAGUUUAGCAAAAUGCCAGUUGGGGGAUUUCAAUGUCGUUCGCCUUGCUGCCGCCGGGAUAGAAACAUGAGUAAUGAGAAAGCCCAACAAGAAAUGGGAAUGUUUUGUGCCGUGUUCAAGGACUCAUCUUUGGAGUGGAACUAUCUGCACCAACCCGACUUUAUCUUUAAGUACUCAAUGCUCCUGGCCUGGGCUAUUGGAGGCUGUCUGAUCUACAUCCAAAUCGUGAACAGCAAAGUUGACUGCAACGAAUGUACAGUGGUCGACUUGAUUGUGUUUUCCAUACUGACUUCCCUGUUAUGCCUGGCGUGGUACAAGAAAUUGUGUUGGUGGCAAUAUGGACAUAAUGAGCUAAAACAGUACAGCAAGCUCAGUUGCUUGGCAUUUUACCUGUUCGACAAGAUCCAACACAGUUUCGUCCUGCGAGUUUCGGUCUAUAUGAUGAUAAUGGUCUUGUACUACAUGGUGGUCUCCAUGAUUUUAAUCAAAUGUGAUCAAAACCAGUAUGAGUUGGAUAUCAUAGAGAACAAGCUCUUUCACUACGAUGUGAAUAGGGAAUCGUGCUUCAAUCCUUGGGUCUUCACGAACAUGAUUUCCCUGAUCCUCGGCAUGAGCUACACCUUUGCUCGCAUCCCGUUCGCCCUCAAGAUAUGCGUUAGUUGCUGCGAAGGAGUCGCCUUCGUGUUGAUCGUCCUUUUCCAGUUCGUUUUCGUUUUCCAGCAUAGUGCCACCAUUUCUCCGUUCCUGAGAGCGGAGAUAGCCCAUUGUCUGCGUGUGGGCAUAAUGCUGAUCACUAUGUAUGCGAAGGAGCGUCGAGUGGAGUUCAACACCAAGUUGAACUACAAGCUCAACGUGGACUUGCUAAAUAAGCAAAAGGCGGCCGAUGUUACAAACCAAUCAAUUAUAAUUCUGCUCAACAACAUUCUUCCCUCUCAUGUUGUCGACCUAUAUCUUGACUCAUUGGCUAGACACGAACUCUACUAUGAAAAUUAUGAAAUGGUAUCGGUCAUGUUUGCUUCGUUACUAAAUUUUGAAAUGGAUUUGUCCAGCCUCAGAGUGCUAAACGACAUUAUAACGGAGUUCGAUAAGCUGUUGUCUUCCUACAGGGAAUACUAUGUAGUUGAGAAGAUCAAGGUUGUAGGCUGCACUUAUAUGGCAGCUUGUGGACUGGAUUUUAGCCUUACCUCUAACUUUCAAAGCGCAUCAUUUGAAACCGAAACAGGUGCGCAUUCACCAAGAGUCAAAGGGUAGCGAUUCAAAUCACGAUGAGGUGGCC